UUUUUGCUCCCGGCUUUCGCGUUGCAGCCGGCAUCGCAUCUCCUGCCGUUUUUGCUCCCCUCACGCUCGGAGCUCAAUUCGCCGCGGAUUCCUUGGCCUCCACGCAGCGAUCUCCCCCCGGGUUCGCGCGCCGUCUAGGGAUCCCGGCUUCCUCCUCCGCGGCGACCGAUGGCUGCUCUUCUGGCGCCCGCCAUCUCCGGCGAGGUGGGUCUACGGCUUUUACUGGCCCCAUUAAGCUCUAAUAUUGUUGUCCGCACUGCCAGUUGCGCAGUGGGCAUUGGUCUGCCUGUAUACUCAACUUACAGGGCUAUAGAAAAGAAAGAUCAAGCUGAGAAAGAACGGUUGCUGCUUUACUGGGCAGCAUAUGGAUCUUUUACCAUUGUGGAAGUCUUUGCCGAUAAGCUUAUUUCAAGUGUUCCUCUCUAUUACCAUGCGAAAUUUGCUAUCCUUGUGUGGCUCCAGUUUCCUUCAAAUGGUGGAUCAAAGCAUGUGUACAGAAGAUACUUGCGCCCGUUUUUCCGGAAGCACCAAGGAAAAAUUGAUAGAAUUCUGAAUAUUUUGUCCAAGGAACUUACGAAGUUUGUGAGCAACCAUGAGGAUGAAAUUCGUUUUGUAGAGAACAUGGCUGUCAGGGGUGCUACAACAGCAAGUUAUAUAGUAAAUGGCCUUGACCAGCCUGGACAAUCAGAGGAAGUUAACGUCACUGAAGACCGGGAUUCAAUUCCAACGGAGGAGGCUGACACACCUAGAGGCGAAACUUGAGCUUGACUGCCAUUCUCUCCGCAAAAUGCAUCUGCUGGGAAGUAAUAUCUUGUUUGAUAUGCUGCAGAAAUGGCCCUUUUAUUCAGCUUGGUAUGCCAUUGUGAAUAUGUUUUUACUGAAACAAUUAACUAUGUUUGACGCUUUAGGAGUAGAUUACUAUGGUGCUACAGAAAUUUGCAGUACCAGUUUGUGAGUCGCUGUUUGGAACUGACUGGAAUAUAAGAUAUGGUUUAGUACA